AUGGCCGGCGGGCGGCGGCGGCGGGUGCUGGCGGCGCUGCUCGGGGCGCUGCUCGGGGCGCUGCUGUGCGCGGCGGGGCGCCAGCUGCGGCCGGCGCCGGCCGAGGCCCCCGUGCGGCUCUUCACCGAGCCCGAGCUGGCCAGAUACGCCGGGCAGGAGGAAGGACAGCCCAUUUAUCUGGCAGUGAAGGGAGUAGUAUUUGAUGUCACUUCUGGAAAAGAAUUUUAUGGGAAAGGAGCCCCAUAUAAUGCUUUGGUUGGAAAAGACUCAACACGAGGAGUUGCGAAGAUGUCUCUGGAUCCAGCAGAUCUUACUCAUGACAUAACAGGACUCACAGAAGAGGAACUAAAGUCCCUGGAUGAUAUCUUCAAUAAUGUGUACAAGGCCAAAUAUCCAAUUGUUGGCUAUACUUCUCGAAGAAUUCUGAAUGAGGAUGGCAGCCCCAAUCUAGACUUUAAACCUGAAGAUCAACCACAUUUCAGCAUUAAAGAUGAGUUUUGAUGAACAUUUUAGUAUCUAGAGAAUACCAUGGGGCCACGACAGAAUGAGUAUUAGAUUGUUCCCUGAAAGGAAGAAUAUUUUAUGUAAACUAUGUGUGUACACAUUUAUAUAUUUUCUAAAGAGAAAACUGACUGAUGACAGCUAAUUAUUAAAAUGAAUUCUGGAAAACAGUGAAUCAAAAGAUCUAUGUUAGUGGCACAUUCUGGUACUCUUUGCUCUGAAUUAUUGGUAUUAUUCAUACGGAAAUUCUUACUGCUUGUAUUUUUCUGGCUACAAACAUAAAUUAAAAUUACAUUCUUUAAAAGAGAUGGGGCAGAUUUUAAUAGUUGAAACAUCAGUGGUCUUUGUAUAAAUCCCUAACAUCAAUUACCUGUGCUUCAGUUUCUGUGAUUAUAGGUCAUCACAUAUAUAAAUAGGUGUAAAAUGCUUAUUCUUUAAAAGGCAUUAGAAUUUGACAGGUUUGAGAAUACUGGAAAUAAAAACAAUUGAUCUCUUAAAAUGUAGUUACAUACAAGGAAUAUUUAUGCAAAGCCUAUAGCUAUAAAACAAGAAAAAUAAAUCUUUUCCCCCCUUGAGAAAUACUGUGACAUUUUCAGUAUGACUGUUACUAUGUUAGUUUUAAAUAAAUGACACUUCAUUUUUAUUUUUUGAAAUAAUUAUCAAAGAUGUCAUCCAUAUUAGAUUAGGAUGUUUUCCUUCUAGCUUCCUCCACUCCUUCUCUGACAAAGAAAGGAAAUGGUAACUCUGUUUUCCACAUACUCCUAAACUACAAGUUUAUUACACUAAUUUAGAAUGCUGUGGAUAUUUUUAGUAUUUUCAUAUUGACAAUUUCAGUCUUUUUAAAAAAAAUUUCUGUUAGUUUUUCUUUGUUUUAGUCUGGUUUCAUCAUUGCUCUUGCAAUGAGGUGUGCAUUCAAAUAUUCCUCUUCACUUCAACUUAAUAUAAAACUCCAGAUACUGUAGGGUGAAAGAAGUCCUCUCUUUAUCAAUUUUCUCUGGCAGUAUUUCAGCAAUCAGAGGGCAGAAAAGCUUAUGCUAUAUAAAUUGCUGCUAACCACUGUCUUCAACUAAUUGAAGUAGAAUGUAAACUAUCAUGUAUGUGGAUUUAUCUGCUGCUGUGACAGGUUGAAUUAAUACUGAAAAACUGAACAGCUGCUCCCAAUUUCUCAGAGCUACUUUGUUCUAUUUCUUUAGCAUUUUGGCUGCUUUCUUGGAAAGAAAGGCUUUAUUACAUGAGUCUCUGUUCUAAGGCUUGCAUAUUGUAGUGUGUUGGGAGAAAGGGACAGCUGCCUGCAGUUAAAUAACUAGAAAAGUUGUUUCUCUUUAUUAUCUUUUGUUAAACAAUGUUACUGAUUUUACUGUAAAUUCAUUUUGUAUCUUACCAUUAGACCACAUAAGCUGGAGGAGGUGCUUUAUGGGCCACCUUGUUUUCUGCUGUUCUGUGAUGUUCUGGGGCAAAAUAAAUAACUUAGUAUUGAAGUAAAGAGAA